UGAGCCCCCUGGAGGCUCCCUGGGACCUCGCAGUGUGGCUCAGGAUCAGGGGUCUGAGCGGACAGCCCUCCCGACACCUGUGUUUUCUCCGAGCAGAUGUGCACCCCCAGCAACACACCAGCCACGCCGCCCAACUUCCCUGACGCCCUGGCCAUGUUCUCCAAGCUUCGCGCCUCGGAGGGCCUGCAGAGCAGCAACAGCCCCAUGACGGCCGUGGCCUGCUCGCCCCCUGCAAACUUCAGCCCCUUCUGGGCCUCGUCCCCACCCAGCCACCAGGCCACCUGGAUCCCGCCCUCCUCCCCAACGGCCCACAGCUUCCACCACCUGCACCACCCACAGCCCACGUGGCCCCCCGGAGCACAGCAGGGGGGUGCCCAGCAGAAAGCCGUGGCUACAGUGGAUGGCCAGAGAUGAGACUGGACGCGCCGCGCGCUGGGCUGGAGCUGGGGGCAGUCCGGGGUCUGGGGA